CAGUCAGACGCCUCUGAGGAGAUUUGGCGUGUUUUUCCUAGAGGUCGUUCUGACAGUCCUACGUUAUUUUGAUCGGGCUGUCAUGGCUGCCAACUUCACUACUAUGGCCUAAAGACGAAGGACUAGUGUCCAGAGCUUCUGGAAACUUUUUUUUCAUCUAUCUUUGGUCAGGAAACUGUACUGAUUGCAAGAGGAGACGGCACACCCAAGUUAACAGUGUUGGGAGGCAGUGAGAGAGGCAUUGCUUCCCUUUGGAUUGUCUCGCGAUCGUUCGCUGCUGUCGGAUUAUAAUUAUACUCCAUACAACUACGAUGACGACAAAGGUGAUUCUAAUAGUUUUCCUCGCGGCACUGCCAUGUCUUUGCCUUGCGGACCUGUCUACUGCUCCCAUUACCACCACAUGGAUACCCAAAGUCAGCCGUAAGAUGGUGAAAUUCGCAGAGUCCCAAACCGGCGCGCUCCAACUGGUAAAGGCGUACGACGAGAAACUCAACUUCACCGAGAUUCAGAUCGACGGCGAGACCCAGCUCCAUCUGAUGACCCAGACAGCAGGAGACCGACUGAAGAAGUGCCGGGAGAUCCUGGAAAGGAACAAGGCUGAGAUAGAAGCCUCCCAUGCACAGGGUCCGACAGGGGGCGCUCCUGCUUCUGACUGCUGCGACAACCUCGGCCAGCUGGAGUACGACCCGAGGUUCCUGCAGCAGAUUGUUAACGACAGCUGUGCUACGUUUACUGCAGGAAACGGUGAUAACACAGUCCGCCCGAAUGUCUACGACACCAUGAAGUCUAACAUACAUGAGAUGUCUGGGGUGACCUGGCAGUAUUAUGGCGCAAAGCUGGGCGAGUAUCACCAGUUCCCUAAGAACGACAGGUCAUGUGAGGGCAAUGACCACAGGUUCAGAAACUGGUACGUGGGUGCGGCCUCUCCUAAGAAGAAGAACGUGGUGAUCGUGAUGGACGUCAGCGGGUCCAUGAGGGAGCCCCCGGGUCCGGAGGAGCAGAACAGACUCAACCUAGCAAAACAGGCAGCUCUGACGGUACUGGAAACCCUCACACCAAGAGACUGGGGAGGAGUGGUGUCGUUCAGUGCCCGGGCAGAGGCACCAGAAGGGUGUCUCGGAGACAGUCUGGGAGAAGCCAACCCAACUAACAUCGGGAUUAUGCAGGACUUCAUCAACCAACGUGUGCCUGAAACCAUUACUGUGUACGCCGAAGGAUUCAAGAAAGCCUUCAACAUGUUUCAUGAGGCUAAGAACAAAAAGCCGGAGCAGUUUGAAGACUGCUAUAACAUCAUCAUUUUCCUGAGUGAUGGGUCACCAACAGAUACCUACUUCUCACUGGACGACAUUGUGAAAGGCCAGGAUCUCAUGGAGCGUUCUGUACACAUCUUUACCUACGGGCUGGGAGCCAGUCUCCAACAAGCUAGUAGUGGCUGGGCCAACGACCCCAACAAUCCAUUUGUCAGGCUGCCGGCAUUGGAGUUCCUCGCUACUCUUGCAGACCAGAACAACCACCAGAUCACGGGCGCUGUGGAGUGGACGAACCGUUACUGCACCCAAGGACUCUACGGAUCAUGUUUUAGCACAAACAGGGAUCCUCAAGGCGUGGGACCGUGGGGCAGGACAGAGUAUAUAGAUGACAACGAGGGAGACAAACUGAAGACCAUCAUGGGCAGCUACUACGACUUCUUCCCGUUCUCAUCCGACCCUGAGCCGACCUACUCUGUACCAACCAACGACGAACAUCUUGGUCUGGUGAUCAAUGCCGCGAUACCAACCAUUGACACCUCUGGCACGUUCUUCGGUGUGACAGCUGUGGACAUCUCCAUGGACGUCGUGUUCCGUGAGAUCGCCAACUUCAACAUCGGCAAAUAUUCAUACGCCUUCCUGGUGGACAGAGAGGAUGGCCGAGUCCUGAUCCACAGAAACCUGCCCAAGCCGAUGGAGUGGCUGUCAGAGCCAACUUUUCUUGGUUUGGAGGCGAUGGAGGAAGCUCUCAGGUCACGGGAGGUCACCAAGAUUCUGAACGGAGACAGCGGAGACUAUUACACUAUGGUAAAAGUCCCCAUUGCCCGUGGAAACGCCCAGUUUGACGGAGCCGUGACCAUAGAGAAAGCUGCAACCUUCUACUACGAACCCAUUCCUGACACCAAGUACAGCGUGGUGCUCUGUCUGUUCGAGGAUGAUGAGACCAUAGCCAUCCCCACUCCGGUGAAUCCUGAAAACGGCACUGAUGCGCUGUACCACCGACUGGACCUGCUGUACAUGAACAACGCCACCGGUGAUACACAGUUCUGUAGUCUGUAUGGAGAGUACGCCACACCUGAUGACUCAACUAUCAAGUUCCCACCAGAGGCCUUUACUGAUCCUAUUAACUACCUGAACACUUUGGAGACGUUUGAAGAUGUAGUGGACAUUGAAAUGUUCAUCAAUGACUUCACAGGAUCCUGGGCCAACCCAGGUCUCAUAGACGGUAUCCGAACUGACGUAAUCCUGUCUGCUGAGAUCGAGCAGUACUGGAGGGAGAACGGAACAGAAUCUGUGUGGAGAUACUUCGGCACAGAGAACGGUGUGUUCAGAAUUUUCCCAGGAAUCAUCACAGACAAGCGGUACGACCCGACCCGGCAGACAUGGUAUGCGCGCGCGCUGAGCAGACCUGACGACUACACCUUCUCUCGUCCGGUUGAAAGUCCUUUUGGUGGCGGCAACAUGGUCACCAUCAGCAGAGUCAUCUUUCACACUAAAACUGAAGAGCUAUUGGGAGUCAUUGCAGCUGACAUCACGGAGACGUACUACUACUCUAUGUUGUAUACUGAGAUUCCUGAAUGUCUAACUGAUGAAUAUGACUGUUUCCUAUUGGACGACAGUGGCUACUUCAUGGAGUCGCUGGACAACACAACAAUCUACUAUUUAUCAACAUUCAACAACAACACCCGGGACAUGGAGCACGAUCACCUGACUCACAGGUUCCCCUGGCUGGCAAAGGAACUCAUCAUGAGAGGAGAAUAUCUCAGAUCGGAAUGGUGCAACAACUAUGCUACCCAGAAUUCCCAGUUGUUUUACGACACAACUGGGUUCAUCGGCCUGGAGGUCACCACCGGCCCGCUGUGUAACCAGUACGCCCUGCAUCCCAUCAACUCCACCAACACCUUCAUUCUGACCCUGCACAACCGGCAUACCUACAACUGUGAUGACCGUCCUAUCACGGUCGGCGGCAACCAGGUUUGGGACAACAGUCAGAAUUGUUCCUGCAAUGAUAUUUGUCAAACAUGCAGUACAGAGGAACUACAAGUUUGUCAGUGCCCCUGUAUUUGCGACUGGAACUACGAGUCCUGUACUAAUGAAAUCCUCCGUCUUCUGUCCGACAUCCCCUGUCCUCCCCCUCCCGAGGACCUGACGGCUCGCGGACCAGGACCACCAUACCCACCUGAACCGGAGGUGGAAGAGUGUGAGGAGAAAUGUAGCGCACAAUCAGACAACAUCACCUGUGAGGCUCUUCCACACUGUGUCUGGUGUGAAGAGUUGGACUUCCCUGUCUGCACGGAGAUCUGUCUAACCAGGGAAAAGUUUCCAGUCUCCGUGUUCUUCCCAUGUGUGAACCUGACGGAGCUGUCACGUGACGAGCAGGAGGAACUGAAGGAGAAUCUCUACCUGAGGGUGGUCCAGCUGCUUCCCAACGUCACUCAGGAGGCCAUCAACUUCCCGGAAAACGUGACAGAUAACGCCAUAGAGUUCACGCUGCAAGGUGAGAUGAACAGUCCCCCUCCUGAUGAAUCCAUCGCCCUACUGCGGCAGCAGACGAGCUGGAGACAGAACUUCACGGUGGGACCACACCGGGAUCCCGCCAUGUUCAGAUCCGCAGACCCGGAGGACUACACAGAUCUGAAGAUUACUCUGUACUUCAACAACGUGGACUUCACAACAAUACUGUCCAACGACCCCACAUCUGACACCAGGAGAAACAUCGUGGAUCAGAUCACGGAACUGGUGAACAACACGCUCUCGACUGAAGUAUCCGUGACUUUAGAUAACAUCUGGAUGGAACAGAACUACAUCCCAUUCACAAUAGACAAGCCCAUUGACAGCCCUGUUCUGCUACUGGAUGAGUACAAGAAGCUGGAAGAGAAAGUGAAAAAUGGACAUCCCCAGACCAUAGUUACCGUGGAGGGUACAGACUAUCCUCCUGAUCACAUCAGGGUGGAAGGGUCUUUCUACCAACUGUGUCCACAGAGCUGUGACCUGGGGCUGUCCAAAGAUGAUUGUGACGACAUUCCGUCCUGCAACUGGGAGGACUUCAUACCUCCUGAAGACUGCUCUAGCAACAGCUACCUGGUGGAAAGUUUUCUUCUGACAGCGUACUUCCCGUGUGAUGACCUGACGAUUCUGCCCCAAUGGGAACAAGAUCAAGUCAUGGCCAACUUCAAAGUCAAUGUUCUAUCCUUGGUUCCUGGUCUUGCUGACAAGGCCAUUCACAGCGUACAGAUUCUGAAGGAUCCCAACUUUAUUGGCAGCCAGAUCAGCUUCACCCUGCAGGCCACCAUGUCGGACCCGUACAUCCUCGAUACGUACAACUUACUUAAAGACGCUUUUAACAAAGUAAACCGUUUCACGGUGGGUCCAAACAGCAACCCGACCAUGUACCUGGCCCAUGGAAGCGGACAAAAUUCCCUGGACUACACUGACUUGCGCAUUGUCCUUAAAUUUCGUCCCGGGACUGACUUCGAUGCAGUCCUGCAGGCAUCUCCUCUGACAGCUCGUGACGUCAUCACCACCCAGAUCAGAGCUCUCGCCUCUAGAACCUUCAUCACAUUAGUGGCGAGUACAGUCAGUGACAUGUGGCUGGAGGAAGACAUCAUCCCACUGAUGAUCCACAAGGCACCAGCCAGCGCCGUCAGUCUGCAGCAGGAGGCCGAUAAGCUGGAGCCGGAAGUCGUCGCAGGGCGAGUCCGGGUGACGGUUGACGGGCGGACCUACACCGCCGUCUCCAUGGAAACGGAAGGCUCAUUCGAGACUAUCUGCCCGAGACCCUGUACUGACGGAACGGAUGAGGCCGACUGUGUGAAAAUCCCCGGAUGUGACUGGGGGGAUUUUGAUACGCCACAGGUUUGUUCGGACAACAGUCUACUGGCCGACAGAAUAGAGAUAGAGACAUUGUUCCCAUGCGCAGACUUUGAAUCCCUGUCUGCACCACAACAGAGAGAGCUUUUCAGGGACUUCAAGAACAAACUGCACGCCAUGUUGCCCGGUGUCCCUCAGAAAGCCAUCGAUAUCAACUCCUUCAGGAUCGUCGAUGAUGACACCAUAACCUUCGUACUCCAAGGCACCAUGCAGCACGCCACCCUACAGCAGUACUACAACACUAUCCGACAGGAGUUGGAGUGGGCACGUGACUUCCGCAUAGGCACCACAGCCAAUCCAAACAGCUACAGGUCACGUGGUCUGGACGACUAUACAAACUUACGUGUCCAGCUCAUAUUCAAUUCCACAUUGGAUUUGGACCCAAUGCUGGCCAACGAUCUGACGCUGCGAGGCAAGAUCCAAGUUCAAAUGAGAAACAACCUCGUAACUGCAAGUAUCACGCCAGCAGUCCUUGCGACACUUGGAGACAUUUGGGUGGAAAGGAACGUCAUUCCCUUCACGAUAAGCAAGCCUGCAGAUGAACCCACAGGUCUUCUGGAUGAAGCAGACAAGUUACGUCAGACGAUUGCUGCAAACUCUGUAUUCUUCAACAUCGAUGGUGCAAGAUGGCGGCCUGUGGACAUGGUUGUCAACGGGUCGUUUGACGUUCUGUGCCCUCAACCGUGCCAGGAUGGUACUGAUCGUGACUCCUGUACCCUGAUCCCGGGAUGUGAUUGGGCGGAUUAUGACAACCCAGUCACGUGCUUGGAUGACGCGUACCUGAUAGAACAUAUAGACAUGUCUGCGUACUUCCCGUGCCUGUUCGUCCCUGUGAACCUGAAUGGUACAUCCCAGCUGCAGCAGGACGUGGCUGACAGCUUCCUGAGUUCUCUGCGCGCCGCGCUCCAAAACAGAGGAUUCCAGGUGCCGGAGAAAGUCAUUCACGCCGUCCAAGUGGGCAGAGAUACCAUCGACUUUAGAAUCCAGAGCACGAUGGGAUACCAGAACCUGACGGGCCUGCAAAACGCCAUUCGGGAUAUCCUAUCGUGGGACCAAGAAUUCACCUUCGAUGGCUUCAGAUCGGCCAAUCCUGACGACAAGUUUAACAACACUGUCAAAUUUGAGAUCAGCUUUGAAGACCAGAACGGGGGAGACAUAGACUUUGACGCCGUCCUGGAGUCGAACUUUACUCUCCGUGAUGUUUUGGAGCAGGACAUCAUCAACUUUGUCAGCACGACGCUCGGUCCUUCGUCUGUCGCAACCCUGAACUUAGAGAACAUAUGGAUUCAAAGUAAUUACUGCACCUUCAGCAUUAGCGUCCCGCUAGACCAGGUAGAUGCAAUAGGGGCAGAAGCACUGCAGAUUGUGAGCAACAUAGGAAACUUCAUUAUCCACGUGGGAAGUCUUCAAAUUCAGGCCAUAAAAUACGAGACCACCGAAAGCUGUGACUUCUGUCCCCCUGUCUGUGCACCUAGAGAUGAGCUUGCGUGCUAUGAACAUACCUCCUGCGAAUGGUGCGUGUUUGAAGGAUCGCCACACUGCGGUGCUGAUUGUCUGCUGCAAGAGGAAACGAAAGAGGAGUUGAGUGUGUUUUUCCCCUGCCUGCCUGAGGUUAUAGACCACCAGACUGAAGAGCAAAUCCAAGACAGUUUCCGAGAUGAAGUACUGCAGCUCCUGAGAGCUAACUUCAAUGGGUUUAACACAUCCAGAAACAUCUUCAAUGUCACCAUCACAAAUCGCACCGUCUCCUUCUCCUUGAAAAGCAGCAUGCUGCAGAGGAUCACUCCUGACGUCAUCAGCUUCCUCAGGAACGUCUCCAACUGGUCUGGCGUCACCCUCAGAUAUAACGGCAACGAAUACCCAGUCUGGGAUCCUACUGACUACACAGAUAUCAAGUUCUUCCUCCGGUUUGACGCUUCCCACAACUUCACGGAGAUUUUAUCCACGUCUCUAGACGAGAGGCGACGUCUGGAAGAUGCAGUACGGGCCAUGGUCAACAGGAGCGUUAUUCCUGCUGAGCUUGCACCGACGGUGGCAAACAUCUGGGCAAAGGAUCAUGUCAUACCGUUCACAAUAAACAAGGACCCCGCCCGCAAGGACACCAAGAUGGCUGACAUCGCAGCAGCCUUCGCAAGCAGCACAGUUGGCGUUGAGAUUUUAGGAAGUACAGUUCGGCCAUUGGAUAUUUCCUACGAGCUCGGGUUCUACAGCAUUUGCCAGUACAACUGCUCGACAAUUCCUUCCCAAGGCGAGUGCGUUGCUGUCCCGAGCUGCGGCUGGUGCACACUGAACGAAGGUCCCGGAUGUGGCGACGACUGUUACCUUGUAGAAUGGGUAGAUCACUUCGCCUUCAUUCCCUGUAACCAGACACGUGACCUGACCCAAGUGCAGAGACAGCAGCUUGUGGAACAGUUCCGCUUGGAGGUGGCCGCCAUUUUGGGUUCAACAGACAAGAUCAUCAGAAACGUCGCCAUUAGCGAUUCCGGGAUUUCCUUUGAGCUUCAGGCCACCAUGCAGGAUCGAUUCCUCCCGGAGUACGAAGAGAAGAUUCGAGACGCUUUCGAACUGGCGGCUAACUUUACUGUGGGGGAUGUGAUCAAUCCGAAUCUUUUCAGAACUCGAAACCCAGAGGACUUCACAGACAUGGUUGUAAGGAUGGUCUUCAAUGGUGUUGACUUUGACAAUCUGGUCAGUCGGUACUCCGUGUCAGAAAGCGAGCUUCAUCCCAAACUGAAAACUGCACUGACGAAUGCUGGCAUAUCCCAGCAGUACGUGAACUCAAGCAGGAUUCUGGAAAGAGGGCAGGACUACAUCGAGUUCUCCAUAUCAAAGCCUGUUGACAGCAACGACAACCUGACGGCGGAAGUAGAAAAACUUGUGACUGCCACAAAUGCUGGAGGAAUUCAACUGGAUUUGAAACCUGGCUGGCCUGUUAGCACUGGUGUCAGCUACAGAGGAACCUUUGACAGUAUCUGUGUCCCAGCCCUCCCACAACAACCAGUUACAACAAACAACCCGAGUGGAGGAAGCAACCCAGGUGUAAUACCCACCACCACACCGACCAACCCAUCCUCUGUAAAGCCAAACAACCCAGGCCCAGUCGUCAAUCCAGGCCCCAAUACUGGCCCGCCGAAUGGGCCUUGGUCACCAGGAGAUUGUUGUGUCUGUCCAGCAAACGGCACUGGGGCCAUCGCUCCUCUCUCGUACGAUCCCGUGGCGGCGACGGGCCAGCUGUCCUCCACGGACAAGGUGGGGAUGGGUGUGGGCAUCCCGGUAGCGCUGGCCGCCCUGGCAGGGCUCGGGGCGCUGCUCAUGUUCUUCCUGAAGAGAAAACCGGACCGCCCGCCGACUCCCAUCCGCAGGAACGUCGUCGCACCUGCCGUGGAGUCCUUUGAGACCAACAUCUACAGCGCCUCCAUGGACGACGAGCUAAGUUACCAGUUCGGUAAGAAGGGCGCUGAGCUGCACCGGUUCCGGGACCCGAACGCCGUGUACGGGCGGCUGUCGUCAUCAUGGUCUCCGUACCCGAGCACUGCCAGCUCCUCAUCUACCAUGGAGAGCUCCCUCUCAACACCUGAUGUCUACUAGAUUUGUAUGUCCAAUCAAGUGCAAUUAGACUAAUAUAAAACCCAUGGAUACGUGAUAGUAGCUGCGUCAUUGAAAUACGCAAGCUUUGCAGGAACCCAUCUGAAUCAAAUUCCUCUUACGAUCUCGGAGGGCAUUCGCUAGAUAGUAGUACAACUGCCGUUGUUACGUAAAAUAGUACGAGAAAGGCUCCCCUUUAUUUUAGCCGGGCGUAGAUUCUGCCCCUGACAGCCUGCUUGAAAAUUCUACCUUAACCUCAUUAAUUUCUUUGUUUUGAAUUGUUUUCUUUUUAAGACCUUUCUGCCUACACCAGGUAUGAUAAUUAAGUAACGCUUUCUCAGAUAGAUACUGCAUCAUGUGUCUUUGCGUGCUUAAACAGUAUUAUAUAUACACUUUGCAAGUUAGUUUGCAGUCACAUAUACCUCCACUGGUUUUUCAAGCACACCUUUGCAACCGCUACGUUUUUCGAUUUAAGAUGGUAAGCUAGUUAGUUACAUGCAGUGACUAUAUUUGAACAAUGUGUAUUCACAUCUUAAGAAGAUUCAGUAUCUUUUGACUUUUAGGUUUCUGUAUAGUUCAAUAUUGUCAUGGCAAUAAACUUACAAUUGAGAGUUUUAAAACUUUGCUUCUAUGAUUAAAAAAAUCUGAUUGUUAAUUCUUAACAAACGAAAUAUGAUGGUCAAACAUUGGGAAUGUUUCCUUCACGGAGAAAAAAGUUAACAACUAUUUAAGUAUGAUAUACUUGAGCAGUUUAAUUAAGGCUUGAUGUGUUUUCAGAUCAUUUCUGUACAAUUGUCUUUAGUAUUUACUGAAUUUUGGAUAGACCUUUAUCUCUUUGUUGUGCAUGGUCGGGUGUGUUGCAAUUCUUCUCCGUAGUGUGGCGUUUGACGUGUUUGGACUGUACUAUACAAUGCUGUACUUCGUACAAAUAAACAUGCGUGCUUUCUAGACUAGUA